AUGACGUUUCUGCCGGCCAGCGGGCCGCUGGUGCGCUCAUCGCCUGUUGGUGGCGCCAGGCCACGCUGCUCCCGCCUCCUAUCAUGUUCAAGAUGUUUAUACAACUCCCUCCGUGGCUCCUUAAUGCAUGCUACUGACCAUGGGGAACUGCGGAUGGACUGGAACAGCACUUCUGAGUUUUCUCAGUAUGGCUGGAGGUGCACCACCAAUGAAAAUGAUUACUCAUUGAAAACCCUUAUGGGGAACUGGAAUGAAGAACGAUACGAUAUCCAGACAAUUGUGCAGCCCAAGCCAUUUCCCUCCUAUGAAUACAUCAGAGGAUUUAAAUGAAAACCUCAUUGGUUUCUGGGCCACUACUCUGAAUUGGAAGCUCCUUCAUUCAACCCAACUGCUCAGCUCUGCUCCACAUUAGACUACAGGCCUCCAUAUGGCAGCAUUUUCUUUGCUUGUGUCCAACACUCAGAGAAGGAACAAGAAGGAUGCAGGAAAAGCAACAGAGAUGGAGAGAAUCUGCAGGCUAUGUCUUCAGAAAAACAGGAGGCCUGUCCGCUAGCAGUGCUACAAGGAUAUCCUUCAAGCAAAAAGACCUGUCGUGCAUUAAAGCUACAUGUAGCAUCAUGUGAAAACCGUUCUUCCUACUUUCUAAGCUGUAUUGUUUGUAACCUACGUGUGUUUCUGUUGUUUAUUUUGUGUGCAGAGGUGACUGCAAGUCACCAGUCACCCUGCACCUUGUCAGUCAAGCCCAACUAACACCUUAACUCAAAGAGCUUGUUAGAACCAGCUGAUAGGAAACACUAGACCUUGGCAAUUAGGUGGGAUUUGGGCCAUUUGACAAUGACCCCACAUCACUGAGUGCUCAUUUUAUUUUUCUCACUUAAAGCCAUGGAAGAAGGAUCCCCUCUCAGUUCAUCUGAGAUUUAAACUGAUUCCUUCUAAUAUAACUGUUAUCUUAGCAAGUAUAAGGAACAUAGAAAAUAGCUCAGGUCAUAACUAAGUCUGUGUGACAGAUCUAUGGCAUUCUGUCCUUUUUUGAGAUGUAUUUUAGAAAUUCAAUUACAGUAAUACAGACUUUCCUUUAAGCUCAUAUCCCUUUGAAGAGAGGUGCUAAGCAGAUGAUGAUACCUGAAAAGGACUUAGUAGUGUUUUGUACCACUCAACAAUGUUAGCAUAAAUCAGAUUAGUACUGUAGACAACAGAUCCUGGUCAUUGUUUGAAGGGCACUGACAACAUAGUUUCAAAGUGAUGUGAUUUGCACCAUGGAAGCGGGACGUUUUUCUCCUCUCUGGAUAUAUCUGUGUUUACUGCAGCUAUGCAAUUUUCAUCUGCAGCUUCUCUGAAUUGGUUGCAGCACUUGAAUGCUUCCCCAUAACAUGAGUCAUUCUAGAGAUUUAAGAUACAGUUGUCUUCCAUUCAGUUGUUAUCUAACACCCACACUUUGAAUGGGUUUCGAUUGUCAUGAAGUUGUUUUACCAGUCUAAUCUCCACUGGAGAAACUUUUCUGUUGCUUGUGAAACACUCGGAAAUUCUCUGGCAACAUUGAAGGAAAAGGCUCAUGCAAUUAGAUGUUUGCAAAACAUUAGAGUACACAAAGUGAAACUAGCAGAGUGUUUCUG